AAUAGCAAUUGCUUGCAUUACCAACCACCCUUUGGAGGAGCAUUGGACCCGCAGCCAACAAUAGUUAUGAAGUAUUAUAUAUUUUUGGGCUUUUUUGCCGUGGUGGCAGCCUUCCCCGGUGUAAUUCAUCAGGAGAUUCCUCAAAUAUCCGAGAAUUUUGAUCAUCAAGCUAUAAUCGGUGAAUCGGGUCACCACCAUCAAGUCGAACAUGAACACGCCAAAUCGCACCAGUCCAUCAAAUUCGAACAUUUCCACCCAGUACCUGUAUACGUCAAGAAAGAACACAGUCACCUUCUAAAGCACCCCCUCGAGAAAGGAAAAUCAGAACAAAACUUGAAGCAAAUCCACCCUGAAACUCAACAUAGUCAUGGUGGUGGUCUUGUGCUGGAAGAUCAUAGAUACAACACAGAGCAACUCAUUGCCAGCCUGGGUCAUGGUGGCUACAGCCAUGAAGCACUCGGACAGGCUGCUCUUGAACAAGGAAGCUACGAGCAUGGAGGUAUUCAGCAAGAAGGUCUUCAGCAUGAAGGAAUCCAGGGAGGCUUGGAACACGCUGGUCUCCAGCAAGGCAGCUACGAGCAAGGCGGUUACGAGCAAUAUUCAGGUAGCUAUGAGGGAGGUGAAGGUUUGAAGGCAUACGCUGAACCUGAGAACUAUCACGCCCUACAAGCUCAAGGAUACGGAGGUCACGGUAGCAGUGAAGGUUACUAAUUGAAACAUUAUUGAUCGCAUUUAGCUUAAUUUCUUCGGGCAUCGGUGGAUAUCCACAUUCUAAUAAUUUUAAGACUUUCUUCUUGCCUGAUAGUUUAUAUUUCAGCAUAAUUGCUGAACGAGGCUUGUGAUUAAUGAUGCUUCAAAAAUACUAAAAUGUACCUGACGUAAUGUUAUUUAAAAGUAUAUUGAACCCGUGACUUCUUUUCGUGGUGUAAAUGUUGCUUCUAAUGUGUGUUGUAGGAAUCUCUACUGCCUUCGUGUGUGUAUGAGUACAACUAAUCCAUUAAUUCCUGCUUCUAUCCUUUAUAGCGUAUAUUUUUAUAUAUUAAGGACGUAUGUGCGUUCCAGUGGAAAUGUGAUAUUAAAAAUGUUGAAUUUUAUCAUA